AUCAUGCAAAUGGAUGAGGAUGUAGGCAAGGUUGCGCAAGCCACACCGGUGUUGAUUUCAAAAGCUUUAGAAUUGUUCAUGCAGUCUCUGAUUGACCAUGCAUGUCAAGAAACAAGAGCAAGAAAUGCAAAACGAAUGUCUGUUUCUCAUUU